AUGAAACGAAAAACAUCAUCAUUGCUUGAUUUUGUUCCCGAAAAGUAUAUCAAAAAAAUCAAAUUUAAUCCACAACAAACCGAAGAAUGUUUGAACGAGGAUAUUUGGGUGAAAAUCAUGGAGUAUUUAACAUGCCAAGAGGUGCUUUUAACGAUGAUGCUUGUUUCUAAAAAAAUAUUUCAGUUCGCUCGUGAGGUCCCUUUGAAGUUGAGCGUCGAUUAUGUUACAAGGGAAGACGUGUUCAAUAGUUCCAACGUAAAGCGUAUUUCAAGUAUCAACAUAGGAGAAGCAUCUCAUAUUCCUUGUAGUAUCAUGCAAUAUAUUGAUGAAGUACGUAAGAACGAUAUUAUUGGAGCAGACAAGUUAAUGAACUCAGACAAAAUACUUGGUUUAACCUCUCUAACUUUGCACAGCGAGUCCACACAGGGAAUUCAAAGCAUUUUUAAAGAUAACUCUAAGCUGAAGAACUUGAAACAAUUAACAAUUCACCAAGCAUGUUUUUAUCCUUUUGCAUAUGAAUCAAUAUUACAGAAUACCAAUCUUGCAAGUAUUGAUAGCAUAACAUUAGAUUUUUUUGAAGCAACAUAUAAAACUUGUCACGAUUCAUAUCCAGUCACUCCACUUGCAGAAUCUCCAAUAUUCAAGAACGCUCGCUCAUUCCACAUUUUGAAUAGCUGGCAAUUUCAAGACAAGGAAAUAAUGGACCUUUUUCAAAGCCCUAAUUUUCAAAACAUUAACAAUAUUACAUUGGACUGUGAUAACUUGACAACCAAAACAAUCCAAACUCUUGCAAGUUCAAAGUUAGACAUUCAUUAUCUCAAAAUUACUGCUCCAUCAGAUUGCACAAGUGAUACACUACUUGAAGUGGUUACUGUUGCAAAGCCAUUUCAAAAUUUGCAUAGCUUAAUUAUACUUUACUGUGACCCAAUUCAAAACACUACCUUUAUGGAUUUUGUUAAGAAGGGACCACAACGAAAUCUGAAAACUUUAGAUCUUUGCUUGCAAGAAGUCGAUGUUCAUGUGAUCAAUUGCAUUUCCAGAGAAUCCAAAUUUAGAAAUAUUGAGCACUUGGCUUUAUGUGACGAGCGUGAGUUUGUCGAUCUCGAUUCCUUGAUUGAAUGGACGAAAUGGAAACCGGCAAAAGUAUUGUCAUUCUUUGGAACAAGCUGCUGCAGAUUUAUCUCUGAAGAGGAGUUCAAUAUCUUUCUUGAUCAUUUGGAAUUGAGUAAUUGGAGAUCAGUCAAGAAUUUUCACCUCGAUUUUAUACCCUUAGAAUGUUUGGGGAGACUCCGUUCAAUUCUUUUUCAUUCCACGGUCACCACAGACGAAUUUGACGAAGAGUAA